CCCCACCAUCCCAGCGCUCAGCCGGGGGGGGGCGGGGGGAUGCUGCACCUGGGGAGGAGAGAUCACAAAGGGGAACAACCCUGUGUGACCCCAGCACUGACCCCCAGCCACCCCGACAGCCCCACGCUGAGCCCUGCGCCCGCAGGAAUGUCACCCUAGGUUGUUUGUAUGUGCCAUGGCUGUGCCCGCUGGGGUGUCGUCAUCAGGCUGUGCCCACACCGUGGCUGUGCCCGCUGGGGUGUGGUUGUCAGGUUGUGUGUGCUGGGGCUGUGCCCGCUGGGGUGUGGUUGUCGGGUUGUGUGUGCUGGGGCUGUGCCCGCUGGGGUGUGGUUGUCGGGUUGUGUGUGCUGGGGCUGUGCCCACACCGUGGCUGUGCCCGCUGGGGUGUGGUUGUCGGGUUGUGUGUGCCGGGGCUGUGCCUGCUGGGGUGUUGUCAGGCUGUGCCCACCAUGGCUGUGCCCGCUGGGGUGUGGUUGUCGGGUUGUGUGUGCUGGGGCUGUGCCCGCUGGGGUGUGGUUCUCGGGUUGUGUGUGCUGGGGCUGUGCCUGCUGGGGUGUGGUUGUCGGGUUGCGUGUGCUGGGGCGCUGUGCCCGCUGGGGUGUGGUUGUCGGGUUGUGUGUGCUGGGGCUGUGGCCGCUGGGGUGUGGUUGUCGGGUUGCGCGCGCCGCAGCUGUGCCCAGUGGGGUGUGGUUGUCGGGUUGCGCGCGCCGCAGCUGUGCCCGCUGGGGUGUGGUUGUCGGGUUGUGUGUGCUGGGGCUGUGCCUGCUGGGGUGUGGUUGUUGGGUUGUGUGUGCUGGGGCUGUGCCCGCUGGGGUGUGAUUGUCGGGUUAUGCGUGAGCUGCAGCUGUGCCCGCUGGGUGUUGUCUCAGCAUUGGGCAGCACCAGGAGGGGGGCGGAUGCAGCUGUUAUGGGGGGGGGUCUCUCGCCCGUACACCCAGCUCUGACCACCGGGGCCGGGGUCCAUCACGCCCCAACCACAGCCCCUCCCCAUGGCCAGCCCCUGGCCCCCCCUGGGGGGAGACAUGACCCCUGGGGGUGGGAGGAGCGAUGCAGGGAGGGGCAGUGGGUAUCAGUCCCAUGAGGGCAGGAGACCGGGGGGGGGGGACAGACCAGGUCCGAGCCCUGUCCCAGGCCCAGAUGGGGGGGGUAGGUGUACCCAGCCAGAUGGGUGAUCCCAGCACCUGCCCCCCCUUGAGAUCCCACCUUGCCCCUUGUGCUGGGAUGGGGAGGGGGAACACGACAGCACCAGGUGAGCAGGGACCUGGCACCAUGGCAACAGCACCCCACCCCCCCUUGUUCGUUAGCACCAACGAGGUGACACCUCGUUCUCAGUCACAUCUCUAUUAAUAACCACCAGAGUGUGGGGAGAGCAGGGCACCAGGCGGGGGGG